GCCUCAGGACUACCUGACAUGAUGACUCCUUGCUGUCCCCAGUCCACCUGGCCGUGCUGCUGCUCCAGUUUCAACUGUUCUGCCUUAUUAUUAUUCUACCAUGCUGGUCAUUUAUGAACAUUUGAACAUCUUGGCCAUGUUCUGUUAUAAUCUCCACCCGGCACAGCCAGAAGAGGACUGGCCACCCCACAUAGCCUGGAUCCUCUCUAGGUUUCUUCCUAGGUUUUGGCCUUUCUAGGGGUUUUUUACUAGCCACCGUGCUUCUACACCUGCAUUGCUUGCUGUUUGGGGUUUUAGGCUGGGUUUCUGUACAGCACUUUGAGAUAUCAGCUGAUGUACGAAGGGCUAUAUAAAUACAUUUGAUUUGAUUUGUGCCUUGUAAGGGUGAAUGAGAUUGAGGUGACAUACAUUAGAGCGUUCAAUCGAAUGCGGAUGGAAUUGAAAGAGUUGAGAAUACAAGCGACGUUAGUGGAGAUAUCGUAAUGGAAGUAGCACAGCCUGUAGUACAUAUUUUCUGUCAGGCUUGGAUUUUGUGGCGUUCAUUGGCACAAUUAUAAACUGUACGGCUCCAGUCUCAAAGAAGUCAAACAACUGGACAUUAUUGUGGCUGCGGCUAUUUAAGACUUGAAAGUGGUAGACUACUGGCGACGGAAGACGGCCCACCCUCCCAUCUCAGUUUCGUUUUUAUUUUUAACAUAAAGUUGUAUGAUUCGUUUUUUUUUUUUUUUGGUAGUUCAGUUUUUGGGUGAUCCUGUUUCCAUCCCGAUUAGUAAAAUGUGCGAACGUCAAUAUAACGUUACCAUAGAAGUCUGAAUUUAACACGAUCUAGUCAGCAAACUUUGUUUCCAGGCUGACUGACCGGGUCCUAUGGAAGAGAUGUCAGGAGUAAGUGCGGUGAGCUCGGCGUUGCCUGCGGCUACAACCCGUACCACCUCAUUCAAGGGCUCCUGCCCCAGCUCGAAGUAUGUGAAGCUGAACGUGGGCGGGGCGCUCUACUACACCACCAUGCAGACACUCACCAAGCAGGACACCAUGCUCAAGGCCAUGUUCAGCGGUAGGAUGGAGGUUCUCACAGACAGCGAAGGCUGGAUCCUUAUUGACAGGUGUGGGAAGCACUUUGGAACCAUUCUGAACUACCUGCGUGAUGGUGCUGUACCUCUGCCUGAGAUCCGGAGAGAGGUGGAAGAGCUCCUGGCAGAGGCCAAAUAUUACCUGGUGCAGGGGUUAGCUGACGAGUGCCAUGCUGCCUUACAGAACAAAGAUAUGUAUGAGCCCUUCUGUAAAGUGCCCUUGGUCACUUCAUCAAAGGAAGAACAGAGACUCAUAUCUACCUCCAACAAGCCCACAGUCAAGCUGUUAUACAACAGGAGCAACAACAAGUACUCUUACACCAGCAACUCUGAUGACAACAUGCUGAAAAACAUAGAGCUGUUUGACAAGCUCUCUCUGCGGUUCAACGGACGUGUGCUCUUCAUCAAGGACGUGAUCGGGGAUGAGAUCUGCUGCUGGUCGUUCUAUGGGCAGGGCCGUAAGAUCGCUGAGGUGUGCUGUACCUCCAUAGUCUACGCCACAGAGAAGAAGCAAACCAAGGUGGAGUUCCCAGAGGCUCGUAUCUAUGAGGAGACACUCAACAUCCUGCUGUAUGAGUCUCAGGACGGGCGUGGUCCAGACAACGCUCUACUGGAGGCUACAGGGGGCGCUGCAGGCCGAUCCCAUCACCUGGAUGAGGACGAGGAGCGGGAACUCAUCGAGAGGGUGCGACGCAUUCACAUCAAACGCCCUGAUGACCGCACCCACCACCACCAGUAACUAUACCAGCCAACCAACAUAAUCACCACCAGUAACUAUACCAGCCAACCAACAUAAUCACCACCAGUAACUAUACCAGCCAACCAACAUAAUCACCACCACUAACUAUACCAGCCAACCAACAUUAUCACCACCACUAACUAUACCAGCCAACCAACAUUAUCGCCACCACUAACUAUACCAGCCAACCAACAUUAUCGCCACCACUAACUAUACCAGCCAACCAACAUUAUCGCCACCACCAACUAUACCAGCCAACCAACAUUAUCACCACCAGUAAGCCAACUAACAUUAUAGCCACCAGUAACUAUACCAGCCAACCAACAUUAUCACCACCAGUAAGCCAACUAACAUUAUAGCCACCAGUAACUAUACCAGCCAACCAACAUUAUCACCACCAGUAAGCCAACCAACAUUGUCAGUAUCUGCAGUGACUAUUACCCAUCACUGACAGAGAACAAGUGCAAUCACACAAUACCCACAAGUAAUCUCAUAUCCUUGACAUUGACCACAAGUGACCUCUGUGCUUCUGCAUCACAGCCACUUAUGAACUUUUGCCAGUCUCUAAUCAUGAUUAUAAACUGGGUGGUUCGAGCCCUGAAUGCUGAUUGGCUGACAGCCGUGGUAUAUCAGACCGUAUACCACGGGUAUGAGAAAACAUUUAUUUUUACUCUAAUUACGUUGGCAACCAGUUUAUAAUAGCAAUAAAGCACCUCAGGGGUUUGUGGUAUAUGGCCAUAUACCACACCCCCUCAUGCCUUAUUGCUGAAGUAGAGCAUGGUUUGGGUGUUAGUUUGUGUGUUGUCCCAAAUGGCUGUAUCAGUGUUUUCUAAACCCUUCAUAAGAGCUGUUCUUUUUAUCAGUGGUCAAAGAAGACUUAUUUGACCCCCUGUAUUUCCAUAUGUUUUGUAUGUCUCAUCUUUGUAUGAAUGUUGACAUGUCCAGUAGGAGAUCUGGUGCCUUAAAUCUGUGGUCUGGUUCCUUAAGUCUGUGGGUGUAAGUGCAGCUUACAAUCUGAUUUACUUUAUCAUGUCACUACAACAUUGCUUGGAAGUUCAUGUAUUGUCACAGAGUAGCUAGUUCAGGUCAAUUGUAUUUCAGUGAUUAUAGUAAUACACUGUGUAACAAUACCUUUUCCUACCACUUCUGUUUUUAGAGAUGUUUAAUGAGAGAGAAAAGAAACAUGUACGCUGCUCUUGCUAGUGUGACUGUUCUUUAUUAAGCUUUAUGUAUUGUCCUCAAGGCCCUUUGUCAGAGCUUUUGUGAGUUUUUAAUUUGCACCCUAUUGUAGACAUUGCUCCACCAACAACCGUUCAAUGCAUCGACUGGGGUUGGAGUGAAGGACAAAUAUAUUCAUUAGCUUGAAUUGGUGAUUUGCAAACUUUAUCUAGAGGCGAAAGAAAUUUACCUAUUUAGACGAGGUGCUGGCUAGCAGAGUAGAACAUUGUCUGUCCAAACGUUGGAUAUUAGGUUAUUAAAUUAUUGCAUCUGAGCUCCUAGAGUGUGCGGCUCUCCUUUAAUUUUUCAAAUAUGCAAACUGCAUUUUUAUCAUGUUUUAGAAAUGUGGUUCUUCUAUUUUCUGUAUGUUCUAAUUUCAUCCAGCAGAGGGUGUUGUGUACAAAGACACUGAAAGUGUGCUAAGUUGUUGAAGUUACCCCUAGAUGCUGAUCUUGGGUCAGUUUUGUAUUUCCCCCACUAAUGGAUAAGGAUUGGGAAGCUGACCCUAAAUAUUUGCCUAGGGGAACUUUACCCCAGAGCAAUAUGUUACAACCCACCCCUGAAUUGUAAGUGGUGUGAAUACGCCCACCUUUUAUACUGUAGUCAUGGACUAAGUAUUUUUUGGGGGCAUCCUAAAGAACAAAGAACCUUUUGAGAUGCUGGAUGUGUAAUUAAAUGGAUGCUAUUGCUUCCUGUUACAAUAAUUAUUUGAGUGCGACGUUACAAGACAACUUGUUUGGAAGACCGAUGGCAAGAGAUUAAACCAAGCACAUCCAGACAGCAAAUCAUGUCACCAUUUUUAACACUAUUUUACCUGGGAAAGGAUUGUCUUUUGCACUGUAUUUAACAUUUCUUACAAUAAAGAUUUUUAUGAAUGCA